AUGGGAGCGAACAAGACCCUGCUCAUGAAGAGAAGAUUGGCGAAGAAGCAGCGCCAGAACAGGCCUCUUCCCAACUGGUUCCGCUACAAGACCGAUAACAAGAUCAGGUACAACGCCAAGAGAAGACACUGGAGAAGAACAAAACUAAAAAUCUAUUGA